UGGCCGACUCCUCCAUUACACAGCCUAUUACCGUCCAUCCUAAUUAUUAUCAGUAUCUCGCUAGCCAGCGGAGGGUGUCCGCGUGGGUGAAGCAAACCAAUUCGACCUUGAGCCUCGGUAUUUCCAACUCGCUUCCAAAAUCCAGCGAGCCAGCACCUAGUCGAAGAAGUGGUAGCAGGAAAUUAUCAAAGACAAAGAAGUCAAGGUCGAGCGGGAAGUCGUCGUCGCGAUCUCCUGCACGCUCCAGGUCACCACCGCAGCCGAGCCUCGAGGAAGAGCUUCAACUCAUCCCCAUCCCACCCGCGAUUGCGCUGGUCUCGUCAUCGAUCGUCAUUUACGCAUUCCUGCCCUCCAUUCUUGCCGUAUCGGCUUUCGCUCUUUUGUUAACAUAUGCGUCGAUGGACUCGACAUCAGAACACCGAGGAGUUGGCGAGAACGACUCAUAUUAGG